AUGUCCGACACGAAAACUCUCGUUCUCGUCCUGGGAGCCACUGGACGCACCGGCCGAACGGUCAUCGAUGCUCUCCUGAAGACCGGUCAAUAUAACGUCGCUGCACUGACGCGCUCGGCGUCCAAACCGGAAGUCGAGGCACUUCGAUCGCAAGGUGUUGAGAUCCGUAUCGGCGAUUUUGCCGCGGACCCGCCCGCGAAGCUCUCUGAACAUCUCAAGGGCGUCGACGUGCUCCUGAGCACCGUCUCCGCAGAGGCGAUCAUACAACAGAAGCCGAUAUUCAAGGCUGCGGCUGAUGCGGGUGUCAAGAGGCUUAUUCCGUGUGACUUUGGAACGCCCGGUGCAAGGGGCGUCAGAGAUUUGCAUGACCUGAAACUCGAUAUCAGGGAGUACCUCCAGGAGCUCAGCGCGGCCUCUAAUGGCGCCUCGACCUACACCUUCAUCGAUAUCGGGUGGUGGAUGCAGCUCGCGGUGCCUGCCUCGUCCACGACUCCCUCGAUGCUCGGCCCGCUUAUCGACGAGUACUAUGCGGACGACGACAAACCGAUGCUCCUCACAGACAUUGACCGCAUCGGCCCGUAUGUCGCCCGGAUCCUCAGCGACUCGCGCACGGCCAACCAGUACAUCAUCAUCUGGGAAGACGAGCUGAGCCUCAAGGAGUCGAGGGAGAUCGCAGAGGCUGCCAGCGGGGAAGGCCCGACUAUCCGUGCCAGGCGUGUCGCAAUCGACAAGGACGCGUUGACUCAGCGCGCCGCUGAGUAUAAGGCAGUGUACGCGGCCUCGGGCGACUCGGGCGCACAUGCGGUCACCUCCUUUUCGGAGUACAUGAUCAGCAUCCACUUCCUCGGCGAGGACUCCCUUGCGAACGCGAAGAAGCUCGGCGCGCUCGACGCGCGGGAGCUCUAUCCCGACAUCGCGCCAAAGCGCUUCGCAGACUUUGUGAAGGCAUAUUAUGGGAACGGCGCGGCGCAUUGA